AUGCCCGCUCCACGCAAAACCACCAAGAGGCCGGUCUCGCAUGCUGUACCUGACAACAAAAGAUCCAAGCGACCAAAUCCAAAGACCGAGCCCAAGACAAUCUCUAAGAGCACAUCCAAGACCACAUCUAAGACCGUUUCUAAGACUUCCACCAAGCGACCCAUCAAUACCACCAGAGGCUGGAGCGUGAAUGAAACAGGCAGCCGUGAAUUGUCAGCACCUUCUGGCAGUGAUCUUAACGCCCAGAUUGCUAGAUGCCGUGAGCAUAUCGAAGAGAAUAUUCACCCUGGGUUCUUUGAGAUGCGUUUGCGGAGAUAUUUGAAGCUUAAAAAGAAGAAGAGCAUCUCAGGCUCCGGACCUGAGCUGUCCUGUCAUUCAGCGGCUACAGUCGUUGAAGAAGCUCGCAAUGGACCUUGA